CGGCUCGCCGAGCUCGCCUACUGUAGGCAGCCUGCUGGACCGAGGCGGUAAUUCCAGCUCUUCGUGGUCGGCUACCGUGUGUCCUGGUAUCAAGUUGCCCCUUUGCGGCUGUCAUUCCUAACACAGACACGGCGUUUCUUUUUAAUAUUCCCAAAGAAACAGAAUAACUUUCAAGCUGGCGGAAGCAAUGGUUCACAUAAUGAAAGGCGAGCUGACCCAGGAGGAAAAGGAGCUGCUGGAAGUCAUCAGGAAAGGUACUGUCCAAGAAGCUGGAACACUAUUAGCCAACAAGAAUGUUCGUGUCAACUGUUUAGAUGAGAAUGGAAUGACUCCUCUAAUGCAUGCUGCAUAUAAAGGAAAGCUUGAUAUGUGUAAAUUACUUUUGCGACAUGGAGCUGACGUAAAUUGUCAUCAACACGAACAUGGAUAUACAGCCCUCAUGUUUGCUGCACUUUCUGGUUAUAAAGACAUCGUGUGGGUAAUGCUGGAGGCUGGUGCUGAGACAGACGUUGUCAAUUCUGUGGGAAGAACAGCAGCUCAGAUGGCAGCUUUUGUGGGUCAACAUGAUUGUGUGACUGUAAUCAACAAUUUCUUUCCUCGAGAGAGACUGGAUUAUUACACUAAACCCCAGGGACUGGAUAAAGAGUCAAAACUGCCCCCAAAGUUGGCAGGCCCACUGCACAAAAUUAUCACCACCACAAAUCUUCAUCCUGUCAAGAUUGUGAUGCUUGUAAAUGAGAAUCCUCUGCUGGCAGAAGCAGCAGCUCUGAGUAAAUGCUACAAGGUGAUGGAUUUGAUUUGUGAGAAAUGUAUGAAGCAAAGAGACAUGAAUGAAGUAUUGGCUAUGAAAACGCACUACAUUAGCUGUAUCUUUCAGAAAUGCAUUAACUUCUUAAAAGACGGAGAGAAUAAACUAGAUACUCUGAUCAAAAGCUUGUUAAAAGGCCGAGCUACUGAUGGAUUUCCAACAUAUCAAGAAAAGAUCGUUAGAGAAAGUAUCAGAAAAUUUCCUUACUGUGAAGCUACACUCCUCCAGCAGCUGGUGCGAAGCAUUGCUCCUGUUGAAAUUGGUUCUGAUCCCACUGCAUUCUCUGUACUUAACCAAGCCAUCACUGGUCAAGUGGGUUUUAUAGAUGUUGAAUUUUGCACAACCUGUGGAGAAAAAGGAGCAAGUAAACGAUGUUCAGUAUGCAAAAUGGUAAUAUACUGUGAUCAAACCUGCCAGAAAAUACACUGGUUUACACAUAAAAAAAUCUGUAAGAAUCUGAAGGACAUUUAUGAGAAGCAACAAUUGAAAGCUGCCAAAGAAAAGAGAAAAGAGGAGAAUGAUGGCAAACUCGAUGUCAAUUCUAAUUGCAUUAAUGAAGAGCAGCCAGAAGCUGAAACGGAUCCCUCCCAAGAGGAUGCUGAUCAAGAGGAUUCCAGUCCUAAAGAUCCUGUGGAAGGGGACGAAGAGUCUCACAAGAGUGAUGCUGGGUUGGAAGGUGUACAAGAUGGUCCUGCAGGUCCACAGGCGUCUGAGGAGUAAAAGACAGCAAGUGACAGCCCGAUGCUCCUCACCCCAGCAGGUGGCUGGAAAACUCACAUGACCAUGUCCUCAUUGCCUCAUGACACCUGCAUGCCACUAUGGCAGGGUCCCACAUUUCCUAGAAUAGAUGCUUCCAAGCAAAGCUCUGUCUACUUCACACUAAUUUCCUAUCGAUUUCUGGUCUGUAAUUGGACAAAUAUUCCUAUGGAAAAAGAAAGUUUUCAAAAUAUAGGAUAAACAUUUCCACUCCCUUUUUGAGGCCUGCUUUUCAGCAGUUGUUCUCAAUGGAAAAUAAACUCCCUUAAAGAAGAAACAUAGGCUCCAGGGAGCCAAGGAGCAAGUAGAACAGGUGUGAGAGAGAGGUGAUUUUCAGGAAAGAAAAAUCUUAUAGCCACAGAGAAGGGUAGUGAAAAGAAUUGUUACUUAUAUGUGAAUAAAAUGCAUACAAAUAGCAUUUGCAGUAGUGAACUUCUACUUAUUAAGGUGCAAUAUACUAAAGAAAAACUUUAUGUUAAAAGAUCUUUGCCGUAGUUCGGCCGAUGGUAGUAUUUUUAUAGAAAUUAUCCUGCACAGUCUAAACUUUAGGUAGUUCCUGCAGUGACUUUUUAUCCAUAGCAUUUGUAACUUCAGAAAUGUCAAAUCCUUCAGAAGGAACUAAGGCAUAGCUAGAUUAUCUUAGCACGUGGAUUAAAAGAGAUGGUUCGUCGUAUUUUUAAUUAAAUAAUUGCUAAAAAGAUGAUUUGUCGCAUUUUUGAUUAAAUAAUUGAUGAACAUACAAUCAUUGUCAGACUAAUCUAUGUGCCAUACUCCCACCUGGAAGGCUGACUGUUAUCUUCCUGUAAGCUUUUCAUGUCCAGAAACUGUGAUUUACAACUAUCGUUUAUGGAAAGUCCUGGCAUUAGUUUUUAAUGUAUGUAGUAUUUAAACAGAGCACGAGUGUGUGUUAUCUGAAGAUAGUGCUGUGUCUCGAGGUUUCUUGUAUUGAUUGUAAAAUAAAUUGUGCCUACUAUUAUAAAUAACUCACAUUUUGUUUCAUGGUUUAUUGCUGUCUAUGGGAGGGGGCAAAUAUUAGAGAACCUAACAAAUAUUAGGCAAUUUAGCAAAUUCCCUAGUCAUUUUAAUAUAUGUAAUUAUAGAUCAAAAUCUAGAAUUCUCACCUCACUUUACUGAUCAAAUUAUUUGAUAUUGCUAGUUAUCUUCCUUGCACUCAGUUACUUUUCUUCCAGAUUUUCCUUGCCCUAACACAUACACCUUCUAACACACCCUAUACCAACCACACUGUUCCAGGAAGACUUUAUGUGAGUAGAGUAGAUGGUAAGGAUUAACUGGGUAGGAAUUUAGCAGGCAAAUUUUGUCUGAACUUGUCAAUCAUGACAUGCCUUUCUUGGAAAAUAGUAUCAUUUAUUAAGGUAACUCAUCUCUACAUGGAUAAACAUUCGUCUUUAAGUAGUAAAACAGUCCUAGGCAUCCCUCUUCCACAAACAUGCUUUUUACCAGAAUUUCCUCUUUUUUUAUUUUGUUUGUUGUUAUCAUUCUCCUUUUUCUCACCCUACUCUCUGUCUUAUACUGUGCUGGGCCCUGGCAAAAGGGUAUGGUCCUUAUUUUGAAUACCAUAGAUGAUUGUGAAAAAGCAGAAGGAAAUAAGAAAAAUGAAGAGGUGUGGCAAUGUAAAGGUGAUUUUUUUCCAUCAUUGAGAUGAAUUGCUAAUAUGGAUAGGAACCCUUAACACAGUGAUGUUGUGUGCCGUUGAGUUGAUUCCAACUCAUAGGGACCCAAAGUGACAGAGUAGAACUGCCUCAUAGGGUUUCCUAGGCUGUAAUCUUUAUGGGAGCAGAUUGCCAGGUCUUUUCUCCCAUGGAGCUGCUGGGUGGGUUCAAACUGCCAACUUUUCAGUUUGCAGCCCAGCGCUUAACCACUGUGCCACCAGGGUUCGUAACACUGAUAACUGGCAUAAAUAGAAACUUUAAAAUUGGACAAACAGGACUUGAGGCAUAAGCCAGGUCAAUAUCAAAAUUGUCCUCAGAUGUGUGUCAUGGAAGAGGCUGUAAGGAAAUGAAGUUUAAGAGAAAA